AUGGCGGCUGCGGUCGGGACCGCGCGACAAGCCGCGGUCGUCGGCGGCGGGUUCGUCGGGAUCUCCUGCGCGCUGCACCUCCAGCGCGUCGGGUUCGACGUGACCGUGUUCGAGGCUGGCGACGCCGUCGCGGGGACGCACGCCGCGUCGAACGGCAACGCGGGGACGUUCGCGGCGUACGCGAACACCCCGAUGGCGAAGCCCGGGAUAUGGAAGGACCUGCCGAAGAUGUUGAUGAACCCCGACGGCGCGUUCAAGCUCGCGCCGACGUCGCACCUGCUUCGCAUGCUGCCGUGGGGGCUGGGCGUGCUGGACGCGUCGCGCGAACUGGAGUGGCGAAAGAACGCGCUCGCGCUCGGGACGCUCCUCCGAGACGCGCAGGAAGGGUACGACAUCGCGUGGGCGCACGCGGGCGUGGACGUCGACGCCGCGAUGGGCGCGCACGCGCCGACGACGGCGUCGCGCGGCGACGCGUUCGCGUCGAGGAACGGGUACCUCAUCCUCCACAAAGACGCGACGUCGAGCGGCGUCGCGGCGACGGCGCGGUUACGCCGCGACGGCUUAGGCCCGUCGCUUCGCAUGGAAACCCUGGACCAGUCCGCGAUCAAAGAGUUAGAGCCGUCUCUGUCGGACGACGUCACGCGGGGCGGCGCGCACUGGUUCCCGGACGCGUGGUUCGCACGCGACCCGGCGGCGUUGUUGCUCGCGAUGACGGACGGGUUCCGACGCCGCGGCGGCGACGUCCGCGUCGGGGCCGCGGAAGGGACCGUGACGUCGCUGACCCGAGCGCCUCGCGGUCGUCGUGUUAACGACCGCGUGCGCGUGAACGUCGCGCGCGGCGAUGGUCGUCGCGACUUUGACGUCGACGUCGCCGUCGUCGCCGCGGGGGCGCACAGCGCGGGAUUAGCCGCGGCGUGCGGCGACGUCGUUCCGCUUGACACCGAGCGCGGGUACCACGUGCAGUUUAAUAACGCCGCGUCGACGUCGGUUACGGAUUCGGAUUCGGAUUCAGACUCGACGCCGCCGCGCCCGCUUCGACGUCCGGUGUGCUCGCCCGAGGGCGGGUUCAUACUCACGCCGAUGUCGCACGGUCUGCGCGCGGCCGGUCUCGUCGAACUCGGCGGUGAUCGCGCCGGCGCGACGCGCGCGCGAUUCGAGCAGCUCGAACGCGGGACGCGCGCGCUUCUGUCCGACGCCGCCGCGCGCGAAUUAGGUCCGAGAGACGCGCGGCGCGACUGGUUAGGGUUCCGACCGACGCUCCCGGACUCGUUGCCCGUGAUCGGACCCGCGUCCGGGAUGGACGGCGUCUUGUACGCGUUCGGACACCAGCACGUGGGGUUCACUCUGGGCGGCGUCACCGGGAAGGUCGUCGCGGAGUUGGCGGCGGGGAGGGCGCUGAGCGUGGACCUCUCGCCGUUUCGCGCGGACAGGUUUAAGACCAAGGCGUGGUGGAGGCCGUUCGCGUGA